UUGCAACACAUUCUUUUCGUUUGUGAUAUACUGUGCUCGAGCAUCGUUUUCCCCGCGAACCGCUUAUACCAACCGUAGGAAAGAGCAAAUAUGCUAUCUAUUUGCUUGGCAUAUACAUAAAUUCAUUGAAAUAACCACCGAACCGGCUACACAUCGGCGGGAUUGACGUCGAAGCGCUGGUGUGGCGAAACGCAGCGAUACUUCCAGAUCGAGAAAAAGGCACACUGGCUCGUUAUAAGGUUUGCUGAGGAUUGUUUGUACGAUUCUUUAUCACAGCCGCACGUAUUCGUAUCGAAAUUCAUUCGAUUUACCCCAGAACCAUCAAUAGUGCUCGUUCUGUGCAGUUUACGAGCAGCAACAGCAACCGCGAAAGCACGCCUUCUUGACGAACAGGUUGACACCGUGUGGGCCAAAAGAAGAAGACGCUGUUAAGCAACGCAGCUCACAACACACCCGACGACAUUUCAGCAAUAUCUAAUCCUUGCAGUAUCGUAAUCAACGGGUUCUGCAAAGCAAAAACCACAGUUCUGCUGGUAUUUAUUCCCCACACUGAUGAACCACAGCUGAUAGCGUGGAAGAGGCCGGGUAUAGAGGAACGAAAAUCAAUCGCGAACGCACCAAGGGUUAACCGUGCGAAAUCAUUAUUUAUUGAACACAGUAUAGGAAAAAGUGUAUCGAGUGACACCGAUGCGGUUUCUUGACUAGGCGAAUUUGAGGAAGCAACGAUGGUGUGUAGAUGAAGCGCUGUCCACAAGUGUGCCAUUAGUUAUGUGUGUGCGUGUGUGUAAUGUACGUAUGUGCGUGUGUGUGUAAAGUCACGUUUUAGUUUUGUUUUUGUUUAGCAUAGUGUCGCGCGCGCGGUGUCUUGUAAUCAUCAUCUCAAGGUGCUGGGGUACUGUUGCAUAUCGGGUCAAGCUUAACGAGUGUGACCAGCGUAAUUACAGCAGCUUGCUUUCGCAACAAGGCAAGCCACAUAUAUGCUCGUACUGCACAACCUAGAAUGAGGAACCACCGUCACAAUAGCAUCCGUUGGCAGUAACAAUCAUGUGCGGCACAGCACGGCUAAACAACGCUCACGAUAGAUCCGAAUGAAUAGCGGCCUUCUUCGCUGCCUAAGCUUGUCCUGUUUGUUCCGGAAGAUCGUUGCAACGGAAAAGCACCCCCGGAAGCGAAGACGCAAGAAGCGACGACAGACACACGCGGUGGAACUGUGCUGCUGUACCGGAGUAUUAGAACGAACGUAGAUUAAUUUUGAUAGUUGAUAAAUUUCGCCCAAAAGGAGCAUUUCGUUCCAAAAAAAAAAACGAGAGAGAGACCCGAGAAACCCCGUUCGGAAGAUUCCCGCCAGCAAACGGCAGCACAAUAUUCCAGUGUGCGGGUUUAAGUGCAAAAGGUAGCAAACCAUCGUAGCUAACAGAAAACAGAAAGCAACAACGAUGGGUGCCUUCCUGGAAAAACCAAUGACCUCCAAGCACAAUGAGCAUGGGGAAGGAAAUGGGCUUCGGUACGGUGUCGGUUCGAUGCAGGGCUGGCGCUGCGAGAUGGAAGACGCGUACCAUGCCAAAACCGGUCUCGGCGAAAACCUGGAAGAUUGGAACUAUUUCGCGGUGUUCGAUGGACAUGCGGGUGACAAUGUCGCCAAGCACUGUGCCGAAAAUCUGCUGCAGCGUAUCGUCGCCACGACCGAGUUCGGGAACAAUGACAUAACAAAGGGCAUACAUACCGGCUUCCUGCAGCUGGACGAAUCGAUGCGCAACAUUCCGGACCUUGCAUCGGGCCUGGAUAAAUCUGGCACGACCGCCGUCUGUGCGUUUAUCUCGAGCCAGCACCUGUACAUAGCGAACUGUGGCGAUUCGCGCGCCGUACUCUGCCAGAACCGGCAGCCAAUCUUCUCCACCCAGGACCACAAACCGAUCCUACCGGGUGAAAAGGAACGCAUUCUGAAUGCGGGCGGUUCAGUGAUGGUGCAGCGCGUGAAUGGCAGUCUUGCGGUCAGUCGAGCGUUAGGCGAUUACACGUACAAGAACGUAAAGAAUCUUGGCCAAUGCGAACAGUUGGUAUCGCCCGAGCCGGAAAUAUUUUGCCGCGAUCGGGAACCGGCCGACGAGUUCCUGAUACUGGCCUGUGAUGGUGUGUGGGAUGUAAUGAGCAAUGACGAGCUGUGCCAAUUCGUGCACAAUCGACUGGAAAUAUCGGACAGUCUGGUGGACGUUGCGAACCAAGUGAUCGACACCUGUCUCCAGAAGGGCAGCCGGGACAAUAUGUGCAUCAUCAUUAUCGUUUUCCCCGGUGCACCGACCGUGACGGAAGAGGCACAGAAGCGCGAGGAAGCACUGGAGCUACAUUUGCGCAACCGUAUCGAGCAAAUACUGGGCACGAUGGACCCGAUCGAGUAUGGCGCGCUGCUGAAGGAACUCGCGAAGGAAGACAUUCCUGAUCUACCGCCUGGUGGAGGCUUACACGCCAAGUGCUCGUUUAUAGCGAACAUUUUUAAGGAGCUCCACCCAAAAUUAGCAGAAUCUUGCGAAAUGGGGAAGUAUUAGAAUGCACCAGAAGGAUAUCGCAAAACUUACAGAGAAACAAAGCUGAAAUGUGUCCGUUCAAGUAACAGGAAGGAAUAACAGUGUGAAAAUUAUUGCGCAGUUGAGUGCUAUUUCCAAGAUGCGAACGAUCAGUCCACGUGUAAAAUCGUUUAAAUCACACUAUGAUCAAGCACAUCUAUUCGAAGAUGCUUGGUAUAUUCGGAAAACCAUGGAUUUGUCACGAGCGCGCGGUCGGGCUCAACUAGCAGAAGAAAUACAAAAUGAAUCAUCCAGUUUACUGACUAUACAAAUGUUGUUCCCCUAUGUCCUAAAGACGCGUGGAACCGAGUCGGUUGCCGAAUACAGACACACCCGCAUAUACGUAGUAACAACAUACGCAUCAUCCACCUUCCUAAGCACACGAAACAGAGAUUGUAGUAGUAGCAAAUAAGGCUGUGUUCAUUGUUGCUGUUAGCGAGACGCAAAACCCUGAGUAAACCAGGAGCACAACCAUUACAAUUUGUCUUCAAAUGGGUGCCAAUGUUGAGUUGUGAGCAACUAAAGAAAGAACCAACAGAAACAAUUGCUUUUUUGUACAGAAAACCCCUGUUGCACUCUAUUUGUUUCCAAUUUGUAUUGUGUGUCCAGGGGUAUACAGUCCUAAACAACUACAGCACACACUCACACACAGACAGGCAGCAUCUAGUGCUGGAUAGUGGAGGAAGGAGUGUUCUGAAUGGUUGAACGGCAUGAAGUCAUGGAGCUUGACGCAAUAACGAACCCAGCAAAUCACCACACAAUCUAUGUCUAAUGUUUUUUUUUUGUAUUGUAUUAUUAUGAGCAUUAUUUUAAACGAUAUGAUUUUAAGAACUACAUUUAACAAAUUCUGCUAAACAUUAGUAAAGUGUAUGUAAGUGUUUAGGAACGUAUGAAUUAAUGUUUUUUUUCUUGUCUUCUUUAACAUAUUGUGCACGAUUUUUUUGUCUUUUACUUUCAUUUUGUACCUUUUUACUCUGUUAAGGCCGUUAGGUAAGGGUUAGAAAAUAGUUUGUUAAAGUGUUGUUGUGAUAGGCGCUAGACAAACCCCUCCCUCAAUAUCCAAUAUUUUUGCAAAAUUAUGGAUAAUAAGGACAACCUGCACAUCGUCAGAUCACAACAAAAGAAGGGGUUAGGGGAAGGUGACGUUCGUCGAAGCUUAAAUACGGUUGAACUGAAAACAGGGCAAUGGAGAAAAAAGCAAACUAACAAACAAAUGAAAGCAAACUUCACCAAACACUGAAAAUAAGCUUAGAGAUAGUGUAAAAGUCACAAAAAAGACAUGUUAUUGUGAAGUAAAUAGGGAAACCGAGAGAUUAAAUGAAGAUGGCAACGGGUAGCAAGAGAGUUGAAGCGAAAAGGAAAACAGCUAAAAUAUCUUCACACACAAACACAUACACCGAUACUCUUUUUCUUGUUUCUGUUUCUGAAGAGAAGUGUUGUGAUACGAUUAAAAGCGAUUAUAAAAAAAAACUGGAAGAAAGAUUCGGUGGUCAAACGUAGAUCAAGAACAUAACGGGCAAAACAUACAUUCCCUCUUGCGUGUGGGUUAGAAUAGAACCGAAGGUCAGGAUCAUGAUUUUUGGCAAAGAACUUUAUAAUCAAGUGUAACAAAGAUAUUGUGUGCAGUAAUUAAAACACGUACCACACGAUCAAUGUAAAAAGAAAACAGACGUACAUGCAAAUUAGGUUUCUUCCUGUAAGCAAUUUUCUGUUUCCCUUCUCUGCGUUAGUCCGUUAAGACAUUUGCAUUAAGCGUUUAGUGCAGUUUCAGUUAAGCAUCGUCUUGUAUAAAGUUUGCUAAUAAAUCAUCCCUCAACAAUAAGUAACGGUAGGAUUGAUUAGAGUUCAGAACAGGGGAAAAGAUCUAUCCAGAACGUUGAAGCUCGCAUUGAAUACAGGCUAUGGAAUCUGGGCAUUACAAAAUUGUUACGUUAAUAGAUUCGAUUGUCCGAUAAACGACAAAUAAGCGCCGUAACGAAAUGGCACAUAAUAAUGCAACAUUUUAUCGGAAAUGGUUCGGUUUGGCCGUCGAUCAAAACCACUUCCAAAAAGGUUUCCGUUUAGUGUUUUGGUGGUAGCCGUCACAGUCUCGACGCAUGUUUGCGAUAAAUGUUGCAUGUUUUGUGAUAGGUUUGACACACAAUCGAUAGACGGAAUAGGCAGCCAAAUUGUAUGAUUCGAUGAGCAUUGGAUGGGAGGAAGAAAUCAUAACCAUCUCCUCUACACACUUGCCACGAUAUCUGUAUGUGUGUAUGUGUAAGUGUGCGGCGGUUCGCAUGGAAAUUUGCCAUUUAAAUAUGUGCGUAGCCGCUUGGUACGAAUCACCCAUACAGCGUCAACAGCAGCAGAGCUGCUAGAAGGUAGACGAAUGAAACCAUUCCAUUUCAAAGGAUUAAUUAUAGUUAAAGAAAUAUCAAGCAUUUUUGUACACAAUGGACACACAACAGAACGAAUGGUGUCAGUUAAACACACAUUCUUAGCAACAGGUUGAACAGAACCGCAUUAGGACAAGCAUUUACGGAAUAAGUGUAUUAUUCACUCAUGUUGGGUUUUUGGGGAAGGGGAAAAGAAUGUCCUAAGUGACCCACACAAACACUUCCUUCCCUCCCCCCUAAGUACCGUACAGAAUAACACGCAGCCUAAAACAAAUGGUCCCUUAAACCUAACAGGCGCGCUAAGCCCACGAUACACACGCAGCCUAGCGGAAUUGCGCCAACAGACAAAAGCGAAAGAAACACAGUAGAACUUGUAUGUCCUGACUAUACUUAAAUAGAAGUAUCAUUUAGCAUCGCAGUCGCAAAAUGCAUGUGUUGUGUACGCUAUUAAAUUCCGUUGAAUUAUUGUAUGCAGAUGUGUAUAUCUCCCCGGGACAAAAAAAACAUUACACUGUACAAUGGGCCAAACUUAUAUCGCAAUCAAACAGAAAGUAAACAAACAAACAAAAAAUGUACUCACCCGAUUCAUCCGAUUCAAGAUAUAUUUUGGGCAUAAGUAUGUAAAGUGCUCGUGCUGCAAGACGCCAGUAGAGGGACUGAAGAGAGGGGCCCGGUAUGCCCCGAUGAUCCAUUGAGUGUGUAAACUUGUACUAUCAGCAAAAAAAAAAACAAACUAAUCGCGGCAUUUCCGUGUAUAAAACCAAACAAGGGACAUAUUAACGUGUGACUGUCGUCCUUGCUCGGAAGGCACACGCCGAAGUAUCUUAUCACUCGCAUUGUUGUCACUGUGCGCGGCCUGGGGGAAGUAAACCGAAAGACACACCAAAAGGGUUCGCAGCCUGAUGAGCAAUGGGCAGCAUCACGCACUGUAAAUGAAAACAACAAAAAAAGAAAAUAGAGUUGGUGUUUUAUUGCUAGA